AAUGACCCGGGUGAGGACACUUCUCGUGUUUGAUAACCGGAUGUAAGCGGAUUUCCUUGGAGUAAAAGGAUCAUUAGUUCCCGAGCGAUGUUUUGACUACACUCGCACUACCUGUGCUCUAGAGGCCCGCUACCCUCGAUCAGACCCUGUGCAACUCUAAUCAAGCUCAGUGUUCCUGGUGAAUUCUAGCUUCAAAUUUUUCACAACAUCACAAUUUCUUUUGUGUAUCAAGAAGAUCCAGCCAGUUUCAUCGACGCAGACUCGACUGGCACGUGCGCUUGAAUUGUUGGAAUCUGCACCAGUGGGAAUUCACAGUCACUGCCUGGGAGGAACACAGAAUAGAGGAACUGGAGCAAGAAUCUGGAAUUUAGAGAAGAUGUCAGUCGAACAAUGUCAUUCCAAAAUGUUGUUAGUGGUUUUCCUGAUUUUCUUCGCAGUUCAAGGAUAUGAGUCCUAUUAUGGUGGCUACUACAAUCAACACGAUCAGUAUUACCAAAGAUUUAACAACCAAGGAAAUAGAAGAGGAUUUUGGUGCAAUUAUCUGGUAAGGAAAAAUGUCUCCUGCACUGUUAGCAGAUUGGAUCGUGUAAUUGAGAAGUACCAUUAUCUAUGCAGUGGUAUUUACGCAGAAAAGAAGUAUUGCGCUGGAUUUAGAGCGAAAUACGUCACCCGAUACUCAAAGGAAUUUAGAGUGCAGCCUGUUAUGAUCAAAGACUGCUGUCCAGGAUUCUCUGGGAAGUUUUGUGACAAAGAAUGCUUCAACUGCUCGACAAUAAGCCGCAUGCAAAAUCAAAUUGACCGACUGGAAACAAACCAAAAACUACUAGCGCAGGCUAAACUGUUACCACAGACUGGUUUUUCAUCAGAGCCGGGGGAACCUGGCCCACCCGGACCACCUGGCCCACCGGGACAAAGAGGACCACCUGGUAUACCAGGGUCUUCCGGCCCAUCAGGUCCAGUUGGACCACGUGGACCUUCAGGCGGGCCAGGACUACAUGGCCUCAAAGGAGAGAAAGGAGAUAAUGGUUUGACUGGCUUGCAAGGUCCCCCAGGUCCUCCCGGCCCACAAGGCCCACCUGCACAAGAGGAAAAGAAGACUGCUGCAAGAACGGGUGUUACGUUGAAAGACAUCGUUAUUGGGCCAAAGGGAACCAAGGGCAGCCCUGGUAUCAAAGGUGAACGUGGCGUCAAGGGUGAAGCAGGGAGUUCAGGGACAUCUACGGUUGGAUUGCGUGGACCAGAAGGUCCGAAAGGGAAGAAAGGAGACAAAGGCAUUUCUGGCAUUGCGAUAAAAGGCAAUAAAGGUGAAAUUGGAGAAAGAGGCUCCAAGGGAGAAAGAGGUGAAAAGGGAGAUCCUGGGGAAAAGGGAAGCUGUGAUAAGGUGCGUGGCAUUGAUGGUAAUCAUGGAAGCAAAGGAUCAAGGGGCGAGAGAGGAGCAACCGGUGGCAAUGGUCCAGUAGGACCAAAAGGAGAAGAGGGGAUGAAAGGGCAGCGAGGAAGACCUGGCUUGCCAGGAUUGCCGGCAACAGGGGUUGAAGAUUUGAAAAAGCAAUUGGAGAAACUGCAGAAAAAAGUCGAAGAAUUGGAGCGCAAUCGAUGCAAUUGUAAGAAACUGAAUUCACUGGAAAACGAAAGCAUUUUCGAGAUCAACUAGAACUAAAGAGUUAUCGUGAGCCAACUUUUGCCGAGGAAAGAGAACAGUAAUUUGGAUGAAAGAGAGAUCAAAAUUAAAAGCAAGGGGUAAUUGGAGGAUGCACAGGAAAACAUGUUUGUUGAUGAAUGGUGGAUUUUUAUUCUUAUUGUCCGCUGAAAAUGUUCCAGCUAUUUAACUUUAAAACUUUCUUAACACAGAAAAAUUUGACAACAGAAUAAGCAACAUUAUUGUAAGACGAAUUUUGAAGCAAACUGCUGGCUGCGACUUUGGAUUUAGCUAAAGUUUUUCUGAUUAACAUUUUUACAAAAAGCGUUCAAUUUCUCGUCAUUGCAAGUGAAUUGAAAGCAUAAUUUCUGGUUUUUUUCUCGAAUUCUGUAUGCGUUGAAACAAAGUGGAAAAGAUAACUUUUGAAUUAUAGGAGACAACUGAGAUACAUUAGAGAGUCAGGGUCAUAACGAAAAUUGGUUGAAAAUCUGAUGUGUUGUUUAGUAUAAACUUUGCAUUGAAUGUGUUGGCUUAAAAAUGCUCCAAGAAAAUCUGAAUCCUUAGAUACUUCGAUGUAGAUCUAGGUCAACUACUUGACAUCUCUAUGAAUUAUCAGGGGUUUUACUAUAAUGCGUUUUUAAACAUUUUAAUAGUUCUAUUGAGAAAUCUUUAAACAUCGUUUUAUUAUUAUACAAUAUAUAUUUGUGCAAGUUUGCUGGUAAAGUUAUGGUUUCAUUAGCUAAAAUUAUGUUUGUAUUUAUAAACAUUUGUUCUUUCAUUUAAAUUUAACCUAAUUAGCUGUUGUUUUUUGCAUCUGUUUUCAUAUAUUUCUUUUUCCUUGUAAAUAA